AGUUGGGCCCUCCAUCCAGGUGUUUUGGACUUCAACUCCCACCAUUCCUCACAGCCUGCUACAGCUCCCAGAAGCCCCCGGCCUGCGAAUGGGCUUCCUUCCUCUCUGGGCUGGAGGUAGCCCUGCAUUGCCUCCUCUGGACGCCAGGGGGCCGCUUUCGAAAGUAGGUGGCGGGGAUGACACUCAACCGCAUUCCCCGCGAUGACGUCACUUCCUUUCGGUGUUCUUCCCUCAGAGGAGGCGAGGCUGUUUGGAGCUCCGCGAAGUCGCGCCGGAGGGGAGGCGCGGAGAAGGUUUGGGCGACCGUUCCGCCCGGGUUCACGCCUUCUCCGCGGAGGAGACAGCCGAGGAAACAUGGGUGUCACCUGUGUGUCUCAGAUGCCCAUAGCAGAAGGGAAGAGUGUCCAGCAAACAGUUGAAAUCUUAACAAGAAAACUAGAACUACUUGGAGCAGAAAAACAAGGAACAUUCUGUGUAGACUGUGAAACGUACCACACUGCAGCCUCCACAAUGGGCAAUCAAGGGCAGACUGCCAAGCUGAUGUACGUGAUGCACAAUUCUGAAUAUCCCCUCAGCUGUUUCGCUCUCUUUGAAAAUGGCCCCUGCCUCAUAGCAGAUGCCAACUUUGACGUCCUUAUGGUGAAACUGAAAGGCUUCUUUCAAAAUGCCAAAGGGAACAAGAUAGAGAGCCGGGGCACCCGAUACCAGUACUGUGAUUUCUUGGUGAAGGUUGGCACUGUUACCAUGGGACCCAGCGCUCGAGGAAUAUCUGUGGAGGUGGAAUACUGUCCCUGUGUGGUGGCCAAUGACUGUUGGAACCUUCUAAUGGAGUUCAUGCAAAGUUUCAUGGGAAGUCAUGCCCCGGGGAUUCCUUCUGUGUUUGGCAAUAAGCAUGACAGCAUCUACAGUCCAGGUGACACAAUGGUACAGUACAUGGAACUCUUCAACAAGAUUCGCAAGCAGCAGCAGGUGCCAAUUGCAGGGAUCAGAUGAGGAACCUUUAUAAGGCCUUUCUUCAUGUGAGCAAUCAUUUUAUUGACUAAUCAUUCUACUGAAUAGCAGUUCCAUUCUGGCACUCCCGAUUGCAUUGGUUUCUCAUUUUUAAAAUGCAGUUGGUCUCCUUUGGAGGUAAAAUCAAUGUCACGUCAUCUCUGGUUCUCAAGGCCUGUGAUAAUGCCAUGGGUGGUCUGCUGUCGUAAGUGAUUUGCCUUAGAUUCUUCAAGCAACACUUCUGCAACAGAAUGGAAAUUGAAGGAAAAUGAUCAUGCUGAAAAGAAUAGGUUGAACAUUUGUGCAAAUGGCAGGAUAGGCUUCAGAUUUGCUCAGUUGUUUAUGAGUGAACUUGAGAUUUCUGGCUAAUAAUGUGAAAAUAUUUUAAUGUGCCUUUUAUUUUCAUAUGAUGCAUUCUGUAUAUGAUAUUAUUAAAAUAUGUCCUCAAAUUGGGAAAAUGUUUUGUGUUAGAAAAGUAUUGUAGUACGGUAUAUGUUGGUAAAGCAAACAGAUAGCAACAGGGUUCUGUUAUCAGAGUUUAAGUUCCUGGCCUUUCACUAUCUUCAUGAAGCUUGUUGAGAGGAUUAACAUGUUUGAGUGUUAGGAUAAUAUCAUUGGACCCUGGAAGUUUAAAUCCUUUCCCUUUAGUCUAAUGUUGUAAUUCUGUCUGAUGGAAGGGAGUAGAAAGUCCCUCACUAUGAAAACUUAUUCAAAACAAAGACUUGGAUCAAAUUACAACAUCAGCAUUUUUAUGAGGCCUGAAAGUACAAAUACAUGGAACUUUCCAAAUUCUUAAAAGAUAUAAAAUUGAAUAUUUGCCUUUGUGUUUGUGUAUGCUGGAAUCCGCCCUGAGUCCCCUCAGGGAGAUAGGGCGGAAUACAAAUAAAGUGUUACUAUUGUGUCAUACAAA